UUUGUUUGCAUAGAAUUUGCAGUGCAGCAAGGAGCUCUCCUUCACCCCAUACCAUCACCACUACCUAUUUACUCAGUCACCUUUUGAUUUUUCCGCCUUUCCUGUCAUUGCUGUACGAAUAGACCUCUGCACCCAGCAGCUCGGCACGCGCAAAGCUCUACGGUUCGGACGACACAACAGCGCCUGAGCAAUCUAAUCAUUGAAUCCAAUAGUUCUCAGCACGACCGACCCGUCCGUCUCUAGGGUAAUUCUGCACCAAGAAAAGCCUUUCGACGCCAUCGACACGCCGCCUCGUUUCUUCACUUGUGUGUCGGCAACACACGCAUCGCUCAAUUUAAGACUCAGCCCGGCUCAAAACGUCUGUCUCUCUGCCCGAAAACCGACAGGAGACACAGGAAUUCCCAGUCUUAUUAGUCGCUCCUCGCUGCUCUACUGCAACAUACCGCAGUCACCCUGAGACCCCGUCACAUCUCUCUCCCGUCUAGGACAAUCAUUGUGCCGCGUUCCUGCCGCGCCGUCGCCCUCAGUACCACCUGGCUUGCCUCUCUCACAAACCUGAAGCGCGAAGCACGACCUCUCUCACCCCUCCAUUCCCAUCCCUCCCCUUCAACCCCCCUGCAAGAGGCGCCCCCCUUCAGACCCCUCCAAAUAAGGGAUUGUUCCAACUUUCGAGAUCGACAGCGCAGCUACGUUCUUGAGACGCGAAACAACAACACGGGGAGAAGCCCCUGGCACCUCGACCUCGAAGCUGAACGACGCUGGAUCCCUUCUUUCGUGCUCCCCUCCAUCGUCUCGUCUCGCCAUAUCCUUCCCUACCCUCGUCCCCUCGUCGCUUGGGUUGCUUUUCCCGCCGCCAAAGCGCGACACCUCCCUCUUCCUUACCUACCUUAUCUCACACAACUCACUCACUAUCACACCAUCUCCGGGCUGUGUCUUUCAAAAAUCCGCUAGUUUCUCGCACUGCCGCUACGGACUGCCAACGCCUCAACUCGGCCUUUUCAAAGCUCCCCAAAGCUCUUCUUCCCUCUGUCCCUCUGCUGGUACAAGGCACGUCCCGGCUUGCAUAGCAGCCCACUUCUCGACGAUCCCCUAAGCCCAUCAGUCCAGCCCAGUCAGGCGACGCUCUGAGUCUGCGUUCUGCAAAUCCGCAUACCUGCAUAAACACACCAACGGCAGAAGAGAGACACGCUCACCCUCUUCGCCUCCCAUUAUCGCCGUCGCCGCUGCCCUCACUUCCGCUUCCGUUAAAUACCGCGACUCAGUCAAAUCCCGCUCUCUGCCCAACGUCCGCGCCCAAUAGGAUCCCAUAGUAAGGACAACACAUCAUCUUACAGCGCCGCUCUCUUCACCAUGGUGUCCUUCUCGUGUGAGUCGUGUGGUGAUGUCUUGACCAAGAAGAAGCUCGAUCCCCACAGAAACCGUUGUCGAGGCGCCACCUUUACCUGCAUCGACUGUAUGGUAUACUUUCCCGGCACUGAAUAUCGCUCCCAUACCAGCUGCAUGAGCGAGGCCCAAAAGUACCAAGGUGCUCUCUACAAGGAAAAGAACAACAACAACCACAACAACAAGAAGAACAAGACACACAACAACCAGUCUCACCCCGCCCCCGUUCACGAAUACGAAGCCAUGGCCCAGCACGCCUAUGUCGAGGAGGUCCCCGACGCCGAGUUCGAAUCCUUCCCCUACGAGGCCAGCGACAACGGCAACUCGCCCGUCGAGCUGCUCCCGGAGGCCCCGACACCCCCCUCCGCAAACGAGGGCAACGUUAACGUUUUUGACUUUCUUGACCCGUCUGCAACGCCCAAUGCCUCUACCCUGGGGGCGAAGGAGGUGACCGAGGAAACACAGCUUGUGCGCUACGAAUAUGAGGCCGAAGCCUACUUGGACGAUGAUGGCGCGAUGAUGAACGAGGACCGCCGCGCCCUUGUGCAAUACGGCACUGGGCCGAUCCCCACCGCGGGCUACGAAACCCCUGCCCCGAAACACGAGCGGAGAAGGAAGGACGGCAGCGAGAAGAAGGACAAGAAACGCAAGCGCCUCCACGUCGAUACCGACCAAAUGAUGGUUGACGCCCCUCCCACCCUGGCUCAUUCGGGCCUGACGGGCGGUCUGAACCGUAUGAUGCGCCCUGCGGUCUUCCCCCCCUCGCCCGACUACUCCGGGGGCGACGUCGCCGACCCCGGCCUUACCAGCCCGCUCAGGAAGACAAAGAGCUCCAAGCACAAAAAGGAGGGAGGCAUUGGUAACAACCUUCUCGGUCUCCUGAGCAUGAACAGCGCCAAGACCAAAACCAAGACCAAGGCCAAGAAGCGCAAGGUCUCGUCGUCCACCAAGAAGCACUCCCACCACCGGUCCGACGGCGAAAAGGCCCCUAAGCUGAUCGAGUACCGCCCGGGCUCCCGCGACAGCAAGAAGGACGAGGAUGGCGACGACGAGGGACAGAUGGUCGUCUACCGCCCCCGCGCCGACCUCUUCUUGUCAUUUAUCAACAAGGGUCCCGAGAGCGAGCGCGGCUGCAGUAUGAACAAGGCCCUCAAACGCUUCCACCGUGAGCGUUCCUCUUCCGAAGAUACCCUUGGCAAGCUCUCUGAGGAGAAAGAGCUCUGGCGGUCGCUGCGCCUGAGGCGCAAUGACCGUGGCGAGAUUGUCCUCUUCGCGGAAUGAGAGCCUUUGUGUAUGCAAAUCCGCCGUGAUUUCAGGAUGCGACGAGGCGACAAGGCGGUCAUUGUCCAGGGCGGACAGGUCAACGGGGUGUUUAAACUCAUAAAGGACACGGAGUUUGAGCGUUUCUACUAAUGUUUUUUUUUCUUCCUCUUCCUCUUCUUUUCAUAUUCCCACGCCGAUGCUUGAAACGCACUGUGGCACAUGAUACCUACACGAUGGACGAUGGUCAUCGUAAGCCCGGAGGGAAACGGGCUAGGGAAGAUUGGGUGGGGCUUGACCGUGAAGGUCUGAUCUACUUGGGGCAGAGACAUACUUCUUUCUAUACUGGUUCUCACAUUUUUGAUGCUAAUCUCAUCGGUCCAUCCACAACCACACGCCCCUAGCUGGUCUUUGAUGGAAGUGAGCAUGGAACGAUGAGACGGUGCCGUCUUUCUUUCGAUCUUGUCUGUAUUGAGUAGGAGUGUUCAACCGAUAUCUCUGUUCGCGCUGCAUUUCCUACUGGAAUCCGGACGGGGAGUUAGAGAGGUAAUCAAAGGAGAAAUAGAGAGAGAACGAGCUGAGAGGAAAUUUGCGACUUUGGCUUCAUGGUACAUAUAUUCUGUCUUUUUUUUCUCUGGCCUUGUACAAUUCCCAUGCGCGAAUGCCUUUGAAUUGUUUAGGGGGGGAACCAAAGAAAGGGGAAACCUCCCAAGCUUGCGUUGUCCACCAGUUGAUAGAAAUUCCUUCGAUAUACAAAUGCCACCACCCCCACUCUUCCGUACUUCACUGGAGACGAAUGAUCAUACAAGACGCGGAAUGAUGGUACAAUUUUCGUAGCGCCGAUGCAACAGCAAGUUUAUUGGGCUAAAAAGAAAGAACGCUUUUGCGAAACAGCCCUGCCCCCCCAUCCGCCCUUCCUAUCUUCCAACCAA